GUGAGGCCGUGCCGAGUUCAUAGACUUCAGACCGACUGAGAUGUUGCCAGAUUGGACAUUUUCCCUCAUUGUGUAGGUGUUUUUAAGCAUAUGAUAGUUAGAGGAUGUUAUAUUAUGCUGGAAGGUGUCUUCUUUACAAGGUCAUAAUUUCAGAAAAAUUGUAUUAACGAAUUGGACGCGUUUUAAAGCCUGAUUCGACAAGUGGUCAUCAGCCCAAUCUGGCAACCCAAGGUCGACGUGUCCGGCUCCACUCUGUAAACAGCAGGACCCAUUUACAGAAGGAUGACAACCAGGAGGAAGACUGAAGAAUGCCGUAUAUGCGGCGGGAAUCUACAGGGGAACCAACGCCGCUGGCUUUUUGCAGCACAUAAUAGGAAAGGGGCCCAGAAUCAGAGUCCAACUCGGUCGCUUUGCAAAGAGUCUGCCUAUCUGCUGUCGCCAGCCAGGUCUGCCCAGAGCAGCCCAUGGGGCAGUACAUUAUCUCUUGGCUCCUCAAAUUCAUUGUACAAGUCUCAUACCCUUCCCACCCCUAAUAAAGGAAUGGACCUGCUUGCUGUGCUGACACACAUAUUAGGGCAGUCUGUAACACGGGGGAACGGGAAAGGCGAGUUUGUUUGUGGCAAAUGUGUGUCUGUGCUCGAGCGAGUGUUUAAGUUUGACACAGUCAUAGCCAGAGUUCGUGUUUUAUCCAGGGAGAGGCUUCAGAAACUGACACAGGAAAGGGAUAGCUUAAGACGGUGGGUACGAAGUCUUUAUAGGCAGCACCACCCAUCUGACUUGAAGAGCAGGGGAAGCUCCAGUGAAGAUGAUGUCGAGCUGGGAGAAAGCGACUCAGGGAAAGCUUACAGAGAGAUGCUGAGUGACAACAUGGCUCUCGCUGCGUAUGAAUGUUGGGCUGAGAAAUCAGAGUCAUGUCCAUAUUUUAAGAGAACCGGUAAAAGAUGCAGCAAAUUGAAAAAUUGUGAGUGUUGUGACUCCUUAAGGGUGUCCGAUUCUGAUUACGAAUUUAUUUGUGGAGUUCCUCGCCGCCUACCCGAGCAAGUCCUGUCUCCUUUUGGCCUAUCUUUGGAGAAGUCACAGAGCAUGCCUCUCCAUUGGUCCAGAGCUCCAACACUCCGCUCUAGUCCCGCCUCCUUAGCUGGUUCCUGCCAUUCACUAAAAGCACGAUCUCGUACAGUUUCAGCACAGUCGCUCGACUCUUUAGAUGGUCACGAUCCAUUUGAUUGGCCAGAUGAGCAUUCAGUCAUCUUGGACUCCAUUCUCCAUAAGCUGAAAAGUAUAGAGCGGAACCCAGUCAGGUCUCCAGCAGGAAGUCGCAUCCCUGUUUUAACGAAAGGACCAAAUGGCAGUGUGGCAGAUGGAUCACCUCCAAUCGAGGUCACACGGGUGCUGAAUUUUGGACAGGGAGAUGAACAAGAGGAGGAAGAUGUGAAUGGCGAGAGUGUGGAUGUGCUGACUGAACUGAGGGAUGAAUUUCUGCCACUGCAAAGAGAGCCCACUACAGCCAGAGUGCACCUUGUAGUCAAGCAGUUACGAGAGCAGCUGGAUCAAGCACAGGCUCGUAUCAGGACGUUGGAGGCGGGGCUUCAGAACGGCACCCACUCAGUCCCCAGUAAGACCCAUCAUCCAAAGCAGUCACUACCAGUGUUCCCAAACAGCAGCUCAGAGGAUGAGAGCGGACUGAUCCGGAAUCUUAGCCAUUCACUGCAAAGCAGAGACAGAGUUAUUCAGGAAUGUCUGACUUUGAUCCGAAAGCUGUGUGUGGACCUUGGCUCAGGGUUAGAGGAGGCUGAUAAGCUCAUCAGCAAUGUAACUGUGACUCUGACUGAUACACACUCAGAGCGAGAGGGGGUCUUGGAAGCUGAGCUGUCUGAACUGAAGGAGAGGGAAAGAAGCCUGCAGAAAGAGCUGGAGGUGCUGCAGGAGGCAAGCAGAGGGCAGGAGAGGGACCUCCUCACUCUCAACUGUGUGCUCCAGAGUAACCAGGAUGUCAUCAGUCAUUUGCGAGUGGAACUAGCUGAGAAGACUCAGUCACUGCAGGGCAUGCAUAAAGAGCGGGAGUUAUGGAAAGAGCGGGACUCCGCCCUGGAAAAGGUGUUACAAGAAAAAGAAGUUUUCAUCACUCGUCUGCAGCAGGCAAUUGAGAGCUCCCACAAAGAUGUUCAGGCCCUCUCAGACUCUCUGAUUGGUCGGGGAUUGCCAGGAGGCGGCGAUGAGGGCGCUUUGGCCAGUCAGGUGCGAGAGCAAGAGUCCCUACUAUCAGUCUGCCUCAAAGAUUGGGAAGAGCACACUGCCACCAUGAGGCAGGAAGUCUCAAAACUCUGUACAGCUUUAGAAGAAGCUGAGGCUCUAAUACAGGACCAAAGGCAAAGUCACAAACAAGCCAUCACAGAACUAUCUGAGCAGCUGAGAGACACUCGCAAGGAGCUGAGGGAGAUGAUUAAAGACACCAAGCAGGCAGAGCAAGCCUGGAAGACUGAAAGGGCAAAGAGAGAUUUAGAAGAAGGGCGAUUGAGAGAGUGUUUGCAGAAAAGGGAUAAGCUCAUUGAGCAAGUACUCUUGGAUGCAGAGAAGCGAGACGGCAUGCUAAUAGAACUGCAUCAGGACAUCCUCAGUAGAGUUGAACCUAGGGUCGGCCUCAAACACACGCUAUGAUUGUGUGAUGUGUGUGUGUGUGUGUGUGUGUGUGAAAGAGAAUGCCAGAUAUACACUGGAAUAUGUCUGUAUGAAUGGUGGAUAUGUACUGGGCUAUGAUGACCGUAUCUUUGUAAUAACACUGCCACAGAUGGAUAAAGGCCCCGAUUUAGCCUCAAUUGCUAAAGCGCCUUAUCAUCAUUACUGCUUUUAUUAGUUAUCACUGUUUUGUUUUUUUUGUUUUGUUUUGUUUUUUUAAAGUAAGGCUUUGCCUAUAACUGUAUUCCAUUGAGUGCAGUUAUCUCUUUUCAGCUAAUUCAGCCUAUUGUAACAUAUUGACUCUGUGCAGCUCAAGACGUGUGUGAUGGUUUUAAUUUAUUUCUCAGCAAAACAUAAUAAUACUGUAUAAAGAAUCCUUUAUUCUUGAUUCCAUGCUAGCAACAAAGUGCACCUGCUAUUUUCCAAGAAUUCUGCUUUUAUUUCUGGGAUUAUAUGAGUGGCCAUCUUGAGCUGUUUUUGCCUAUAAACCAUUAAUUUCCUCCAGGCCAUGGAGAGAGAGAUUAUAUUCAUGUGUCAGUCUUUGCUUUUUGAAAUUGGAGUUUUUAUUUUCUAAUAUAAUGGGUUAUUUUGUUUAAACUUUUAAUUUUUUAAAAAGAUUUUUUAUGUAUUUCUUUGUUCGAUUAUUUAUAAGGGAGUACAACCAAGUGAAACUUGAUAAUCCCUUUUUUUUUUUUUUUUUGUCUACAGUCUUCUUUACAUGUAGUCCGAAAGCCUGUAAUCUGACAUUUACCAUUCGGUUGAGGUUAUAUUCAUGUGCCAAGUGAUUGUUCUUUCUUGAGAACAAUAACAAUAAACACUCUAUUAAUAAAAUGAGCACAAGAUUUGUCAUUAAUAAAAAUCCUACCACAA